UAUCUGUACAUGCCGGAAACAUAAUGUGUACAAGAUUAAGUGAAUCAUUAUGGAUACAAUUUCAACAAUGGAGAGCUUCAACAAAAAUAUUACCUAGUAGCAGAAAAGAAUCUUCUCCUAGUUUAGGAAUUUUAAUGUCAGGUGAAGGUGGAGGGGGAGGAGGAGGUGGUGGUCCAUCUUCUGAAAGACCAAAAAGAAGAUCAUCAUCGGAAAGAAGAGAAGGAAGAGGUAUUUAA